AUGGUCAAAAUCUUGGAGACCCUCGCAUCGGCUGUGAAGGCUCAAAACAACAACAUUGAGCGUAUGGGGGGAUACAUCAGAGAGAGGCCUGCUCAAAAUGGGACCCUUGAGCGACAGUUGGAAGACAUCGCGGAACGGAUCACUGCAGCUGUGAGGUCUCAGAAUCAAAGGAAUGACAACACCAUGGAGCAGAAGUUUGAUACCAUCAUGGGGAGGCUCGCGGCUCUCCAAAGGGAGAUCGAGAGGCCAGUGUCGGAGUUGAGGAGUGACCGGUCCAAGGGAAACCCUCCAGAGUUCAGUGUUGAACCUGGACCAACAAGUUCAGAGAAGAGGAGUGGUGUUUGUGAGGAGGAGCAGCUGUCCUGCUGUGCUUUGUGUCAGGACGUCCUGAAGGAUCCAGUCUCUACCAGCUGUGGACACUGGUUCUGCAGACAGUGCAUCUCCUCAUACUGGGACCAGUCUGCUUCAUCAGGAGACUCGUCCUGUCCUCAGUGUGGAGAAAGAUCCAGAAGCAGAGCUGGACUGCAGACAGCCAGUCAGAGCAGCUGUGUACAAACAGAUGUUGGUCUGCAGGAGGUUUUAGAUGAACAUAAGAUCAGUCUGAGGAGGAGAUGUGAACGUGUGACUGAAGGAAGUGAUGAAACAGGAAGUAGAACCCUCCUCAACAGGAUCUACACUGAGCUCUACAUCACAGAGGGACAGAGUGAAGAGGUUCAUACCCAACAUGAGGUGAGGCAGCUGGAGACAGCUUCCAAGAUGGACGCCCUCCAUGACGCUCCAAUCAGGUGCCAGGACAUCUUUAAAGCCUUACCUGACCAACAGAGACCCAUCAGAGUGGUUCUGACCAACGGCGUGGCUGGUGUUGGAAAAACCUUCUCAGUGCAGAAGUUCACUCUGGACUGGGCAGAGGGCUUGGAGAACCAACAUGUCAGUGUGGUGGUUCUGCUUUCAUUCAGGGAGCUGAACCUGAUCAGAGAUGAGCAGUACAGUCUUCUGGAGCUGCUCCAUGUUUUCCAUCCAACAUUACAGAAGGUCACAGCAGAGAAGCUGGCUGUCUCUCAGCUUUUGUUCAUCUUUGACGGCCUGGAUGAAAGCAGACUUUCAUUGGAUUUCACCAACAGGAAGCUGCUGUCUGAUAUCCCUCCUACAUGUGUCGACAGGCUAACAGAAGUACGAGGCUUCACUGACGCCCAGAAGGAGGAGUACUUCAGGAGGAGAUUCAGUGAUGAAGAGCUGUCCAGCAGAAUCAUCUCCCACAUGAAGACAUCCAGGAGCCUCCACAUCAUGUGUAGUAUCCCAGUCUUCUGCUGGAUCACUGCUACAGUUCUGGAGCACAUGUUGACUACAGAGCACAGAGGAGAGCUCCCCAAGACCCUGACUGACAUGUACUCACACUUCCUGCUGGUUCAGACAAAGAGGAAGAAGAACAAGUACCAUGAGGGACAUGAGACAAGUCCACAGAAGCUGACGGAGGCUGACAGGGAAGUUCUUCUGAAGCUGGGGAGGCUGGCGUUUGAACAUCUGGAGAAAGGAAACAUCAUGUUCUACCAAGAAGACCUGGAGCAGUGUGGUCUGGAUGUGACAGAGGCCUCGGUGUACUCAGGAGUUUGUACAGAGAUCUUCAAAAGAGAGUGUGUGAUCUUCCAGAAACCAGUCUACUGCUUUGUUCAUCUGAGCAUUCAGGAGUUUCUGGCUGCAGUCUACAUGUUCCACUGUCACACCAACAGGAAGACAGAGGUGCUCAUGAUGUUCCUGGGGAUAGACAGGAAUGAGUCAUCUCUGAAUUUUUUUCUGGAGAUUGUGAUGAUGACGUCCCUCCAGAGUAAAAAUGGCCACCUGGACCUGUUUGUUCGCUUCCUUCAUGGCCUCUGUCUGGAGUCCAACCAGAGACUCUUAGGAGGUCUGCUGGGUCAGACAAAGAUCAUUCCAGAAACCAUCCAGAGAGUCAUCAACAACCUGAAGAAGAUGAACAGGGAUGAAAUCUCUCCUGACAGAAGCAUCAACAUCUUCCACUGUCUGAUGGAGAUGAACGACCUCUCAGUACAUCAGGAGAUCCAAGAGUUCCUGAAGUCAGAGAACAGAUCAGAGAAGAAACUCUCUGAGAUCCAGUGCUCAGCUCUGGCCUUCAUGCUGCAGAUGUCAGAGGAGGUUCUGGAUGAGUUGGACCUGCAGAAGUACAACACAUCAGAGCGGGGACGACAGAGACUGAUUCCAGCUGUGAGAAACUGCAGAAAGGCUCGACUGAUUCAGUGUGGACUCUCAGCGACUCACUGUGAAGUUGUGGCCUCAGCUCUGAAGUCCAACCCCUCCCAUCUGACUGAGCUCGACAUGAGUUGGAACAACAUGCAGGAUUCAGCAGUGAAGCUUCUGUGUGCUGGACUGGAGAGUCCAAACUGUCGACUGGAGGCUCUGAGAUUGAAGAACUGUGGUUUCUCAGAGAUCAGCUGUGAUUAUCUGGCAGCAGCACUGAACUCCAACCCCUUGUUUCCCAAAGUACUGGACCUGAGUGGCAACUACAACAACCUGCUGGAUUCAGGAGUGAAGCAGCUGUGUGUUCUUCUGGAGAAUCCACGAUGUCGAUUUGAAACUCUGAGAUUGAAGGACUGUGGUUUGUCAGAGAUCAGCUGCUAUUAUCUGGCAGUAGCGCUGAAGUCCAACCCCUCCCAUCUGAGACAGCUGGACCUGAGUAAUGACUCCUUUUCGUCGACAAAGAACAAGCUGCAGGAUUCAGGAGUGAAGCAGCUGUGUGGUUUUUUGGAGAGUCCAGGAUGUGGACUUGAAACUCUGAGACUCAAUCACUGUCAGUUCUCAGAGAGAGGCUAUGAAGCUCUGUUCUCAGUCCUCAGCUCUCAGUCCUCUAGUCUGAGAGAGCUGGACCUGAGUAACUCUGACCUGCAGGAUUCAGGAGUGAAGCUUCUGUCUGCUGGAGUGAAGAGUCCACACUGUAAAAUGGAAACUCUCAGAUUGAGCUGGUGUGGUUUGUCAGAGAUCAGCUGUGAUUAUCUGGCAACAGCACUGAAGUCCAACCCCUCCCAUCUGAGAGAGCUAGACCUGAGUAACAACAACAAGCUGCUCGAUUCAGGAGUGAAGCAGCUGUGUGGUUUUCUGGAGAGUCCAGGAUGUAGACUUGAAACUCUGAGCUUGAAGGACUGUGGUUUGUCAGAGAUCAGCUGUGAUAAUCUGGCAGCAGCUCUGAAAUCCAACCCCUCCCAUCUGAGAGAGCUGGACCUGAGUGUAAACAAACCACAGGAUUCAGGAGUGAAGCAGCUGUGUGGUUUUCUGGAGAGUCCAGGAUGCCAUCUAUUUUGGGGCUGUGGUUUGUCAGAGAUCAGCUGUGAUUAUCUGGCAGCAACGCUGAAGUCCAACCCCUCAUAUCUGAGAGAGCUGGACCUGACCUACAACAACCUGAAGGAUCCAGAUGUGAAGCAGCUGUGUGAUCUUAAGGAGAGUCCAGACUAUAGACUGCAGUAUCUGUGGUGGAGGAUAUGA